UCCGUCUCGUUUCGGGGGGCCGAGAGAUAUUUUCCUCCAGCAUGAUGUCGGUGUGGAAUUAUCGCACUCUCAACCUUUGAGAAAUAAUCGAGGCCAGCAGCACACAAAGUGACCCGGCGUUGAGACAUGGGAGGCCAGAUAACCCGAAACGCCUUGUAUGACUCUCUCGGUGGCCCGUUCCCCUCAACCGCUCACCGAUGCCACCACAAACCCAAGCGCUGUCUGCCUUUACAUCCGUGUGGAGGCAUCCCCGUGAGCCCCCUUCUGUUCCACCCCAACGCUAAAGGCUCUCAGAUAGUUAUGGAUCUGGCACAGAGGACCGUCAAACGGCAGGCCAGCUUCUGCAACGCCAUCACGUUUAGCAACCGGCCCAUAGCUCUUUAUGAGCAGGUCCAUUUAAAGAUUACUAAAAAGCAGUGCUGCUGGAGUGGAGCUCUCCGCCUGGGCUUCACCUCAAAAGAUCCUUCCCGAAUCAAUCCUGACAGUCUGCCGAAGUAUGCCUGCCCUGACCUGGUAUCCCAGAGUGGCUUCUGGGCCAAGGCCCUGCCAGAAGAGUUUGCAAAUGAAGGGAACCUUAUUUCCUUCUGGGUGGAUAAAAAGGGGAGAGUAUUUUAUCGCAUCAACGAUUCCAGCCCUAUGCUGUUCUUCAGCGGCGUUCGGAUCGCAGAGCCGCUGUGGGCCCUUAUUGAUGUCUACGGUCUCACAAGAGGAGUGCAGCUGCUGGAGAGUGAAAUCGUCCCCCCAGACUUUCUCCGGCCACGAUCCUUUACCACAGUACGAGGAUCUGCCUCCUUUAGACGCGAGGCAGACACUUCCCGUCUAUCCGUCAGCCUAUGCGAUCUCAACCUGCCGCAAGAUGACGCUAGGCUUCGACUUCCUCCAGCCCCCGUCGCCUGUCCCAUCCCGCAAAACUCCAUGAAUUCCCAGCAGUCAUCACUGCUACCUCACACCUUAGAAUGUGACCUACGUUUCCACCAGCUCCGGGGGGCCCACAUAAAAACCCUAAACGAACAGACAGUGGCACGAUCCGAAAACACCCGUGAAGAACGCACACUAGUCUUCACCGAUCGGCCACUCCGAAUCGGAGAAACCAUCUUCAUCAAAGUCAUCAAGUCCAGCCCUGCCCGAUCUGGGUCGCUGUCGUAUGGUGUGACAUCAUGUGACCCAGCAGUUCUUCGUCCGAGUGACCUCCCGUACAAUCCAGAAGCACUGGUGGAUCGUAAGGAAUUCUGGGCAGUUUGCAGGGUGCCCACUGCUUUGCAGAGUGGAGAUAUACUGGGCUUCGUGGUCACACAGGAAGGGGAAGUGAUUCUGAGUCAUAAUGGCACCAAUGUGGGGAUGCAGGUGUGUGUGGAUAACUCACGACCGCUCUGGAUGUUCUUUGGACUGCACGGUGCUGUCACACAGCUGAGGAUUCUAGGUUCCUCUGUCUUGGGAGAUGCUCGUGACACCUCCAGCCCGGGUUCCCCCACUGCCUUGCCCCUCUCGCCCUCAGGCCUGUGCGGUGGAAGUCCAGAACCCAGCCUCACUGAACUGCGCUGUUCUGCUGCCUUAUGCAGCUCCACUGAAGGAACAACACUCAACUCGCCCAUCAGUCUGCCCAAAUCACCCACUUUCCCAUCUGCCUCAGGCUCAUGGCUGGACGAAUGUUCUAUCUGCUAUGAAAACACAGUGGACACGGUCAUCUACGCCUGCGGACACAUGUGUCUCUGCUACACCUGCGGCCUCCGCCUCAAAAAGAUGGCCAACGCUAGCUGUCCAAUUUGUAGGAGGGCCAUUAAAGACAUUAUAAAGACCUACCGGAGUACUUAGGGGCCCCUCACCCCCACCCAACCUAAUAAGGGCCAUUAAAGAUCUCAAUUAGAUCUGUAUUUAAAGAGAGGGGUGAUGCCACAGUUCAGGGACUUCAUGGGGUCUGUGUUCCCAUGGCAAUGACUAUUGAACCCUUGAACCAUCAAGGCUCAGGCAUCUAUUCGCAAAGGUCUGUUGUGUUUCAUGAUCAAGUCUUUGUUGCUAUGGUAACCAGUGAUGUUGCUGCUCCACAGGAGCAUCUGGAUUUUCAACUGACAUAAGACAACAAUAAUGGAAAAUAUCUCAACCAAUUCAGGACAUUUCAGGUGAUUCACGGAAGACUUUCAAGGUUACAUGUCUCCCGCUUAUUUUACCCUCUCUGUGAGCCAUAAGAAACUGCAGAAGUCUUGUUCAUAGCAUAGGUGCAUAUCCUUUAAAGCUGGAAUCAUUUUCAGUAGUUUCUCUUUGUUCUUUGCUGUUCUCUCAGAUUUAGUCAGAUCAGCUACAGCACUUUCACCGAUGAAAUUCAUACAAACAAUGUCUCAGUGUCUCACAAUUUUUGUCUGUGGUCGGCUGAGACGGAUAAAAAAUACAGAUAAGAGGUACAGUGCGCUCAUCCCUCGACGUUUCAUGCUAGUUGUGUUCCUUUGGUGUGUUUAUCGACAGCUUGCUCUUGUUUUGUGUUAGUUGAAGUCAGUAUUGCCAUGUUGAUAUGGAGGUCUUUAUGGAUUGGUUACUAAAAAGUGCAACAGGGAUUGCACACUUUUCUAGCACUAGUCUUGGUUCCGGUCCCAUUCAUAUUCUCCAUAGGGAUAUCAAAAGAUUCAAAGCCAUGAACAUAAACAGCCAAUACCGAGAAGAAUCGCAACAUUACAAACUUAGAUUUGAAGUGGAAAUUGAUGAAGAUACAAUACAAUUUACAUCAUGUAUUACAUUGGGCAUCACUAUACAU